UGUCAUACACUCAUCUUAUUAAUAUGAAAGUUCUCCCUACCAGGGUGGGAAUGCUUGCUACAUCACCACAAAAAAAGUCAUAUUCCUCACCUUACCCUCACCAUCAAGGUCAAGAUGGGAGGGCCAACCUCAGAACAUGAGCCUGACGAGGCAUUAGUGUAUCUCAACAAUCAUUCCCAUGUCGAAAAUAUUGAUACGGUGGAUUUGAAAGCUCUGCGGCGCAAGAUUGACUCCCGUCUCCUCCCCUUCAUGUUCAGCUGCUACGUCCUGCAGUCUCUGGACAAGGUGAUGCUGAACGUGAGUCCUCGCUCUUCCAGGAUGACACUGUGGCCUUAGUGUAACCCAAAGCAAAGUAUGCGGGCGUGAUGGGUCUCAAGGAAGAUCUCGGAUUGAAGGGGAACGACUUUUCCAACACUGCCACGGGGCUAUUUAUUGCAUAUUUACUCGCCGAGUUUCCAAAUGUGUACUGUCUUCAGAAAGUGCCCGCGGCCAAAUGGCUUGGUACCAACGUUUUCCUCUGGGGCAUCGCAGCAGCUGCCGCGGCCGGUGCAACCGGUUACAAAAGUCUGCUCGCCGCGAGAAUUUUCCUGGGCAUUUUCGAAGCCACCGUUGGACCGUCUCUGAUGCUUAUUAACAGCCAGUACUACACCAGACAGGAGCAGGCGCUGCGGUUCACCCUGUGGUCGAGCGGAGUGAGCAUCGCGCAGAUACUUGGGGGGUUGAUCUCCUUUGGGUUUCAGCACGUCCACCACGCUGCAUUGGAGGGGUGGCGGGUGAUGUUUCUUGUGCUGGGGGCCGUCACAUCGCUCGUCGGGGUCUUGACGUUCUGUUUUCUACCGGACACGCCGAUGAAGGCUCGGUGGCUGUCAGACCAGGAACGCGUCGCGCUGCUGCAAUAUAUCAGUGUCAACCAGACCGGGGUACGGAACAGUUCAUUUCAUGUCAAGCAGAUCUGGGAAGCUGUUCUCGAUGUCCAGGUGUGGCUGCUCGCGUUGGCAGUGGUUUUGACCUCCGUGUCCAGUGGUGUGAUAACCACGUACUCCUCCACGCUGAUCGUCAGCUUCGGCUUCUCCGGCCCCGACGCAGCGCUGUUGAACAUGCCCUCCGGUGUGGUGAGCCUGGUCUUUCUUAUCGCCGUCGGGGUUGGUGUUCGCACGACCUCCCACCGGUGGGCGUGGAUCCUCGCCUGCACCAUUCCAGGCAUCAUCGGCGCGUCACUGCUAUCAUUCCUGCCGACCGCCCACGGGCACAGCAAUAAAGCUGGCGUGCUGGUGGGCAUCUACCUCGUGAAUGCGAUCAUCGCCGUGCUCCCUAUACUCUGGCAGUGGGCGAUGGCCAAUUGCGCCGGGCACACGAAACGAGCCUUUGCCAGCGCUCUGGUCGCGGGUUCCUUCUCGCUGGGCAACAUCAUCGGUCCACAGACGUUCCAGGCGCGCGACGCACCAGCCUACCACCCCGCCAAGGUUGCCGUGUUGGCGACGCAGGCGAGCGUAGCGAUCGUCGCGGCUGUGUUGUCACUGUAUUAUGUAUGGGAGAAUCAGCGGCGAGACCAGCGGGCCUUACGAGCGGGGCAAGAGGGUCUGGAGACAGUAGAGGGCAAAUGGGAGGGACUCACCGACUGGGAAAACCAGGCUUUCCGAUAUGUGUAUUGAGGGUUGGUUUAGUAGUUGGGAUAUGUCAGACCUCCACCCGAGUUAACUUUAUCAAGAUCGUAGAUCCUGAUUCGAAUGACGUUGACCGAUAACUACGUCAUAGACAUCCCAACACAGUUAUUUAAGACAUGUCAAGAGGUAGUCUGGAGAGC